GUGCUAUAGUUUGUCUAGGCCUUAGUUCGAUCUUUCAUUUAUUCUGUUGCCACUCUGAAAGAACAUGUUUAACAAUAUAUUCAAAAUUUAGAUAUCCAAAAUUUAGAUGGUUUCGAACAUGUUUAUUUUUAGCUUUGGGAUUAAGUGCUGUCAUACCACUGACCCAUGCAUUAGUUCUUUAUGGAAUUGAACUUUGUUUUUCUGUAAUCUCGUUAAAAUGGAUAAUAAUAACUGGUAUACUUUAUAUUGCAGGAGCAUUAGUUUAUGGAACAAGAAUACCAGAAAAAUGGUAUCCUGGAAAAUUUGAUAUUUAUGGUUCAUCACAUCAAAUAUUUCAUUUGUUUGUAUUAGCUGCUGCAUUGGUUCAUUAUUAUGGUGUCAUGCAAUCGAUGAUGUACUGGCAUAAAACAAACUACGAAU